UAAAAAAAAAAAAAGAGGACAAAAGCUGUUCUUCAUCUGUUUGCAAAACCUGAAAAAAGCAGUUAAACGAUACACAUUAACCUGCAAAUCUGAUAUAUCCAAAUCCAAAUAUCCAUAUUCCUUGAUUUUUCAAUUAGUUUUCCCUUUAUUUUAUUUGAUAUUUUAAUAAAAUUAAAUCCUUUGAAUUUAUCAAAGUUUAUUACAUUGAUGAAUUUUCAAUGAAAAGAGUAGGUGGAAACAAAAAGCAGAUAAAGUCUCUUAUUAUCCGAUCAAAACCAAACAGCAGGAGAUUAAAUUAAAUUAAUUUACAGAGAUUGGUGGUGGGAAUCCAUGGCUACUUCGGUGAAGGUGAAGAGCGGCGGCAACCUGCAGGAUGGUUCUUCAAAGGGAAAGAUUGGAUAUUCUGUUACCAAGAAGAAGAUUGACAGCUCUUCAAGCAAGCAGGCAGCUGAUUACAAGCAGAAAUCUGUGCAAACUGUUACAAAAACUGAGGUAAAAUCAAAACCAAAUUCGGCAUCAAAGACGAUAACAAAGAAAACCACCACAAAAGUGAGAGAGAAGAAAGUGUACACUUUGGCUGGCCAGAAAUUUGAUCCUCCUGAAGAGAGAGAACCUCUGCGGAUCUUCUACGAGUCAUUGUCCAAACAGAUACCAACAAGUGAAAUGGCAGAAUUCUGGAUGAUGGAGCAUGGCCUAUUGUCCUCUGAAAGAUCCAGAAAGGCAUAUGAGAAGAAGCAGAGAAAGCAAAAGCAACUCCGUUUGGGAACUCCUCUUAAGUCUACACCAAAACCAGCAAGUAAACCUGAGAGUUCACAGAGGCCACAACAGCAGGCAUCUAAGAAUGGCGAUGUAAAAGCCAAGAAGAGAGUUAUCAAAGAGAGUGACGAUGACGAUGAUUUCAUUUUAAGUUCCAAGAGAAGGAGAGCGUAAGCGAAAAUAUGAAAAGAACCCCUUAUCUGUGUACUUUUAGGAAUUGCUUCUUAUUUGAUCGGGAAAAAAAGGCGGGAACUGUUUAGAUAUCAGACAAGGUGAGAGAGUUACAUUCUUUAUUAUUGUCAAACUUAUGAAAACAAUAAGCAAAGACUUUCAGUUUACUUCUGUUUCAUUUCGACUUGUCAGUAGUUCAUCAACGGUGUUACAUAAACGCUGAUUAGCCGAAGAAUUAAUGUUAUUGUUAAGCUCUCUUAUGAUACUUA